AUGUGGGAUAAAUUGGGUGAAAAGGAGUUGGUUGUUCAAUUUCAACAGUUUUGUGGCCUGCGAUGGAAAAAUCAUAAAUCGAAUGACAUUCACUCAGACUUGGAAAUUACGAAAUCGGAGACAAAGUCAGACAAAUGUUUGCAGAAUGGCGGCCUAGAAAAUUCAAAUAUUCAAACCUCAGACUUUGAGUACAAUUCUGUAGUUCAUGUUCUGUUUUAUCUGAGCUCAGCCCUCGGGGAUGAACAAGUUCUUAUAGCUUUAUUGUCGUUUGUGUUGUGGAAUAUUGAUGAAAAAGCUGUGAUUAAAGCUUAUUUAUCAUUGGCUAUCUCACUGUACUUGGGUCAGGGUGCUAAAGACACUUUCCUUGCCCCACGCCCACCCUCGCCCCCAGUUAUAAGGGUGGAGAAAAAGUAUGCAGAGGAGUAUUCGACACCAUCAACCCAUGCUAUGAUUGGAUUGGUUGUUCCAUUUUCAUUGGUUUAUUACACUCAUGAAAAUUUUGAGGUAAGUGCCCAACCAUGAAACCACCCCUUUCUGGAACGACUGUGAAUGUAUCAAUUUCUUGACAGUUCCAAACUGAGGAAAAUGUACAGAGCAGUUGUCAACAAUCAAAUGCAUUUCACAUCAAGUAUUAUAUGCUUACCUAAUUACAUAUUUAUAGCACAGACAAUUUUAUCUUUACAACAAUUGUGAUAUUACUUAACUGUGUUUAUCCUAACUCACCCCAUCAACUUUUUGUGGGAGGAAACCAGAGUACCCAGAGAAAACCCACGACUUUUGGCAGAGCAUUGACUGACUCUUCACAUGAGUCUACACAUAGGAAUCGAACAUAGGUUUAGCAAAUGUAUAAAAUGAAUCUACAAAACCCUUCUACAACGUAUUUUAAUGCAUUUUAUUCUUAUUUUAUAGUACAACAUCUAUUUUGCUGUGUUCAUUGCAAGUAUUUACUCCAGCCUUGUUGCAGCAAGCAGGGUUUAUCUUGGAAUGCAUUAUGUCACGGUAAGGCUGUGAAGCACUGCUAUAAUCCAAAACGAGAAAAUUUGUCAUAUGCAGAGGAAGAGUAUCUACUUGUCAUAAUAAGAAAAUGUACUAGGAUAUCCAAAAGGGGAGAGGAAAGUUCCACCAGGGAGGUGGGGAUGGGUUUUUUUGGAAUGACCGAAACCAAAAUUUUUCCAAAAAGUAUGUGAUAGAGAAAUACAGUUUGGUCUGUGAACAGUCAGCCAUCAUAAUCCUAACGCCAAGUUGGUUGCAUGUCUCUCAAAUUAGUUGUUAAAACUAACUGCUAGUGUGCUUAUGACAUAUUAGAAAAUUGAGAUUCAACAACUUGAAAAAUACAAGUGAAACUCAACAUUUCAAGGGAAGGCCCUUCGUCAGUGGGGAAGUUAAAUCAUAUUAAUUAAUUACAGUAGAUCUCACAUACAUUCUAUAGUCUGUCUAAUUGAUUCUUUUCCAAUUUUAGGAUGUCAUAUAUGGAAUACUGUUUGAAAUCAUUAUCAUAAUGGCUGUAUUUCCAAUUCUAAAGGAAUUACAAAUAGAAAUCUGGUGUCAAACAUCUCCAAACAUCCUUUCGCUUGUCGUUGUGUGUCCUGUUAUGUUGCUAUACUUGUACCCAACAUCGACACCAAUGUCGUACAACACUUAUUCGGAUACCGCAUUAGUGCUGGGAUGUGCGGCUGGAGCGUUGGUAGGACUGAGAUUUUCAGCACAUAAUGAAACGUUGAUGUCACAAUUCCUUGUUAAAAUGCAACAAAUAUCAACACCCAAGCUGAUUAUGUUUUAUGCAUUGAGGUUUUCUGUCGGGACAGUGCUUCUCGCUUUAACUCGGAUAGUUUCCAAAUGGUGUGUUACAUCAAGUCUCUCAAAGAUGCUACCAAGUUACCGAACAGCAAAACCGUUGAAUUAUAAACGCCAUGUUGAAGUUCCACAUAAAUUGAUCACCUAUGGAUUGGUUUCUUUCAAUGCAAUCUACCUUGCUCCCCAGUUUUUCAAACAUUUUGGCCUGUCGUAG